AUGUGUGCCAAGGUGCUUUGUAAAGUGUUACCUAAGGAGCUGUUACUUAACCGUUGGACAAGUGUGCCGGUUAGGAGGUACCUUCAGCCGUCUUCGAUGAAAGCGCUGGUAAAAUGGGCCAAGUUACAAAGAACAAAUUUCUCCACCCUGUUGGAAAAUGAAGCUGGGACAACCCUGAGUGAACUUGAGGACGUUAAAGAUGUGUCUGUCCAGGCAAGAGACAGAGUUUGCAGCGCGGCACCCCAGGGCAUCAAAGGCUCUCCGGGACGCUAUGGCACCGGGCGGGCAAAGCACCGGGUGGAACACAGAGCCAACGGGUCGGUCCUGCCCGGCAAGUUUCUGCUUGGGGACGCCUGCGAGGCUCCGCCACGCCGCGGCGGCGUGUCAGGCUGGGCCGAGUCUAAAGUAGCCGGCCGAGCUCCGUCUAACAUCCCGCGCCGCCGAGGGCUUCCCGUCGCCCGGGCUCGCCUCCGCGGUCUCCCGGCCCCAGGCUCGCCCCGGGUCCCAGGCCCCGCGCGCACCUUUCCGAGCCCCGCCCCCCCCCCCCCCAACCUGCGCGGGGGCCCGGGGCGGGACCCUGGCGGUGACGUCAUCGCCCGGGGCGGGGCCUCGGGCACCGCAGUGCAGCGCGGAGGGGCGGGCGGGGCGGGGCCUGCGGCGCGUGACGGCGCUGCGGGAGCCGGGCGGCGGGAAGGUGGGGUGGGCGGGCGGACCGGGCGGCGCGGUCGCGAGGCGCGAGGGAGGGCCGGGCCGCUCGUCCGCCCUCUGGGGGCCGGUGCGUGCAGCCGCGCACCUGGCAACGGCGCCGCGUCCCCGCCCGCGCCGCCCCGCACCCCCCGCCGGCGGCCUCGAGCGCUCGCUCGUUGA